AUGUUUUGCUUUCUCUCUCUUUGUAUUGCUUUCUCUUUCUUUCUCUUUGUUUUGCUUUCUCUCUCUCUCUCUCUCUCUCUCUCUCUUUGCAUUGCUUUCUCUCUCGCUUUACUUUCUCUCUCUCUCGAUUUUCUUUGCCUUCUCUGUGUUUCUUUGCUUUCGCUCUCUCUGUGUUUCUUUGCUUUCGCUCGUUCUCCCUCUCUCCUUUGCUUUCUCUCUCUUUCUUUGCUUUCUCUCGCUCUCUUUCUUUGCUUUACUUUUUCUCUUGCUCUCUUUGUUUUUCUCUUUCUGUGUUUCUUUGCUUCGUUUUGCUUUCUCUCUUUCUCUUUCUUUACUUUGCUUUUCCUUCAUCUCUCUUUUCUUUCUCUCUCUCUCUCUCUCUCUCUCUCUCUCUCUUGGUUUGCUUUCCUCCACUCUCUUUCUUUGUUUUGCAUUUUUUUCUUUCUCUCUUUCUUGGCUUGGCUUUUUUGCUCUCUUUCACUCUCUCUUUGCUUUCUUUUUCUCUCUCUCUCUCUCUUUGCUUUCUUUUUUCUCUCCCUCUCUCUCUCUUUGCUUGUCUUUUAUUUUCUCUCUUUCUCUUUACUUGUCUUUUUUUCUCUCUUUCUCUUUGGCUUUUUUCUCUCUAUCUCUCUCUUUACUUUUUUUUCUCUCUCUCUCUCUCUGCUUUUGCUUGGCUUUCUCUCUCUCUCUCUCUCUAUUUGCUUGGCUUUUUUCUCUGUCUCUUUGCUUGGCUUUUUCUCUCUCUUUCUCUCUUUGCUUGGCUUUCUUUCUCUCUCUUUGCUUGGCUUUCUCUCUCUCUCUCUCUCUCUUUGCUUGGCUUUCUCUCUCUCUCUUUGCUUGGAUUUCUCUCUUUCUCUCUCUUUGCUUGACUUUUUUUUCUCUCUCUCUCUUUGCUUGGCUUUUUUCUCUUUCUCUUUUCUUGGUUUUUCUCUCUUCUCUCUCUCUCUCUCUCUCUCUUUGCUUGGCUUUCUUUCUCUCUCUUUUUGCUUUCUCUCUCUCUCUCUUUGGCUUUUGGCUUUCUCUCUCUUUCUUUUUUCUCUCUCUUCUCUCUUUGCUUUUUUUUUUCUCUCUCUCUCUUUGCUUUUUUCUCUCUCUCUCUCUCUCUCUCUUUGCUUGGCUUUUUCUCUCUCUCUCUCUUUUUGCUUGGCUUUCUCUUUCUCUCUCUCUCUCUCUCUUUGCUUGUCUUUUUUUCUCCCUUUGUUUGGCUUUUCUCUCUCUCUCUCUCUCUCUCUUUGGCAUUUCUCUCUCUCUCUCUUUGUUUGGCAUUUCUCUCUCUCUCUCUCUCUCUUUGUUUGGAAUUUCUCUCUCUCUCUCUUUGUUUGGCAUUUAUCUCUCUCUCUUUGUUUGGCUUUUUUCUCUCUCUCUCUCUCUUUGGCUUUUUUCUCUCUCUCUCUUUGGCUUUUUUCUCUCUAUCUCUGUUUGGCUUUUCUCUCUCUCUCUCUCUCUCUUUGUUUGGCUUUUUCAAUCUCUCUCUCUCUCUCUCUUUGUUUGGCUUUUUCAAUCUCUCUCUCUCUCUCUUUGCUUGGCUUUUUCUGUCUCUAUCUCUUUCUUUGUUUGCUUUUUAUUUCUCUCUGUCUUUACUUUUUAUUUCGCUCUCCCUUUGUUUUCUCUCUCGCAAUCUCUCUCUUUGCUUUUUUCUCUCGCAAUCUCUCUCUCUGCUUUUCACUCUCGCUCUCUCUCUCUUUGCUUUUCUCUCUCGCUCCCUCUCUCUCUCUCUCUCUCUCUCUCUGUUUUCAUUACAUCCUUGUCACAUCUUUUCAAUUCAAUUUCGCAGCCUCUUUCUCAUUCAAGAGGUCUUUUUCCCAUUGGUCGUUUGUAUUUCUUGGAUACUUUUACUCGCACAUAUAUUCAUUUGUUGCUACUGCUACCGUUCUUUCUUUCUUUCUUUCUUUCUUUCUUUCUUUCUUUCUUUCACUCCUUUCUUUCUUUCGCUUCUUUCACUCCUAUCUAAUGAUUCCUUUUUUCCUAAUGCAAUUAAUUUAA